UUUCAUUUCCUUCUUCUCCAGAAAAUUUUCCACCCUUCUCUCUCUUACUCACUCGCACCACUCAAAACAACUGUCUGGGAGAUAAGAAGGAGAUGAGAAUUCAGUCUCCGCAAAUGUGAGAUUGGUUUACAGGAAAAGAUCGUAUAUUCAAAAACAGAGUUGUUGGUAAAUCGGAUUUCUUUACUUGAAAUGCAAGAUAUUCAGUCGAUCGGAGGGCGGUUCUUUGGCGGCGCCGGAGGCGGAGACAGGAGGCUACGACCACACCACAACCACCAAGCCUUGAAGUGCCCUAGAUGCGACUCGAUCAAUACAAAGUUCUGCUACUACAACAAUUACAACCUCUCUCAGCCGCGCCACUUCUGCAAGAGCUGCCGCCGUUACUGGACCAAAGGUGGCGUCCUCCGCAACGUCCCGGUCGGUGGAGGUUGCCGCAAAACCAAGCGGUCCAAGUCCAAGUCAUCUUCUUCGUCGCCGGCCUCACCGCUGCAGCCGAACCGUGAGCGAAAAGCCAGCUCUAAUUCUAGCAGCGAGAGCUCAAGCCUUACAAACACGGCCACCGCAACGGCAACGGAGGCUGUCUCGGCGCUGUCUUCCACGUCUUCGGCUUCUAAUCUUCCCGACAAUCAUCAUCAUCUGGACUCCAAAUUAUUUGCCUCCCAAAGCGGCGGAGGGAACGUGAACUUCCUGGCAGCAACAACCAUGCUCGAACAGCCCGCCACGGAGAUUGGAAUGUUCUCGGAUAUCGGAACCUUCACGAGCUUGAUCACGGCCUCGAACGACGUGCCGUUCGGUUUCACCAACAUUAACGAUAUCUCCGUCUCGCCGUUCAGGCUGAACCAGCCGGCGGCACAAGGUGGUCAUCAACAACAACAGCAGGUUGAGCAAAGCCAGUGGGAGCACCAGCAACACAAUUACCACAACAGCCAGGAAAUGAAGAUGCAAGAGAUCACCGGAGGAAUGCUGGAUCAGACGGCUCAGGUGGAUAUAUCGGUGUUCCAAACAAAAACCAACGGCGGAGGAGGGCUUGGGGCGCUGGAUUGGCAGCCGGCCGGUGAUCAAGGUUUGUUUGAUCUCCCCAACACAGUUGAUCAAGCAUACUGGAGUCAGGGUCAAUGGAACGAUCAAGACCCUCCCAGUCUCUACAUCCCCUAAAAAAAAUCUCACUUUUAACACAAUCUCUAAAAACAUUCUCAAAUUUAGUUUAACAAAAAUUUGAGAAGAGAAAGUUUCAUAUAAUUUUUAAAUCUUGAAUAUGACUUGCUUGUGUAUGUAAAUUUCUCAUAUAUUUAUAAUGUUUUUCUUGGUUUCUUGAGGGCUUAAAUCGGAAGGUGUUUCGGGGGCUUUGGUUCUUGCCUCUUGAGUGUCAUGUACAACCAAAUCUUGUGUUAGCUUUUGUUUUCUGGUUUGAUCUGCCUCUAAUGUAUCUGGAUUUUUGAUUAAUUCAAAUAUAUAAAUAGAGUGCUUCA